AUGUCAUCGCGUGUUGAAGUUCAUGUAUUUUCCGACGCAUCGAAAGAGGCUGUUGCCGCAGUGGCAUUUAUCAAAGUGUUUUCUGAAGACUCUAGUGAGAUUGGGUUUCUUACCGGGAAGGCGAAGGUGGCACCUGCACAUGGCCACACGAUACCGAGAUUAGAACUGUGUGCUUCGCUUCUCGCGGUCGACAUUGCAGAGAAUAUUAGAGAGCAACUCGAUGUACCCAAAGACAUGUUUACAUUCUACACGGACAGCCGCGUUGUGUUGGGCUAUAUUUCGAAUGAAUCCAAAAGGUUUCACGUGUAUGUCGCGAAUCGGGUGAGCAGAAUCCGAUCCUUUUGUGGACCUCAUUCCUGGAAAUACGUCGCAUCGAGUGAAAAUCCCGCCGAUAUAGCUACUCGCGGUUGUAGCGCUUUCGAACUUCCGAAUAGCCUGUGGAUUAAUGGCCCUUCUUUUCUUCGCAAGGGUCAAGACAUCGGUGACGCGUCGUUUACUUGGUUGUGA